UUUAUUGUGUGAUCAUACAGGACUUUCAGCUUUUCAGCGUUGCUCUCCUAAAACUUUCUUCUUGCAGAGUUUGUAGCGAUGGGGCUUUGUCGCUGCAUGCACACCAUGCACUACGUGUCUGAAGUCCAGAUGAAUUUGUUUAACUGCGCUUUUUUUCCUGCAGGAGGUGGGGCUUUUGGUUACUGAUUUUCGUGCCUAACUUCUCCUCCUUUGCAAAAGCAUACGGCACACUUCGUCGUGGUAUACAGCGUUGCUGGAGUACUCUCCAGGGGGCUGUCAUAGCUUUAAAUGCGCAAACAUUAUUCAACGCUUUAUAGAGGAUAGUAUGUCUGUUGUUUUCCUGUAACUGCGUGGUUUGUGUGUCGACAGCUCUGCCGAUUUUCUUAACUGAAAUUCAAGUGAAUAGACUAAACAGCAAAAGUUUUGAACUACAGCGUCGACAUGAAUCCGAUUAACUUGGAUACCUACAGUCUUUCCCUGCUUACGGCUAAGGAAGACAUUCUCAACCCCCGAUCAUCAACCAACUGGGCAUUGUUUACAUACGAUGGGGUCACCAACAACCUCAAACUGUCCGACUCUGGAGCUGGCAGUGUGUCGGAAUUGGCAGGGAAGUUUCAGGAGAAUCGUCCGCUGUAUGGACUGUGCCGGAUCGAAGCCAAACCGUCAGCUCCCCGUAUAGUCAUGAUCACCUGGGUGGGUGAGGGUGUGGAUGAAUGUCGUAGGACAGAAUGUCUUAGUCACGUUCCUGCCAUCAAGGCAUUUUUCAAGGAAGCUCACGCGUUCGUCUGUGCGACCAAAGCAGAGGAUGUGACAGAGGAGAAAAUCUGUGAGGCUGCCAGCAACAUCAGCGCUCCAGCAGAGCACAUUAAGCGAAACCCUAGGAUUACGAACAAGGAGGAGCUAGUGGGCACUAACUAUAGAAAGACAAAUGCUGCCUUGGAGAUGCGAAGGAUCAACAGAGACUCUUUCUGGGCACGUGCAGAACGAGAAGAAGAGGAGAGAAAGGAGGAGGAGCGUCGGCGGGUAGCAGAAGACCGGCGUCGCUGGGAGAGGGAGAGAAUCCUGCAGGAGCGCAAGGAGGCAGAGGAGAGGGACAGGAAGAUGGAGGAGAAAUUACAGAUGAUAGAGGAGCAGAGGAAAAUGCAAGCAAAACUGGAGACAGAGAUCCGAAAGAAGGAGAAGGCCAGAUGGGAGCAGCAACAGAGAGAACAUGAGGAAGACAUGAGGGUGCGCUUCAGACGCAGUGAAUCCAUUGAAAAGGCAGCGGAGGCCGCGGUGCUUGUUUCUCAGCGCUCCAUGAACCCUCGAGAAUUUUUCCGACAGCUCUCUUCAUCAUCUUCUGGUCUCCCACCAAGCCCUGACUCCCCACGUACAGCCAAGCCCCCAUUCCGCCGUUACCAACGCAGCCUGACUGACACAGCUUUUAUCUUCAGGAAGUCAGAUUCCUCGUUGCCCUCUUCCCCCCGCAGCCCUAAUGCGGUCUCUCCUUUCAGCCGUACUCCGAAAUCCCCCUUCAACCUACCCAUAUCGCCCACAAGCCCAAGCCAGCCAGAUACCAGCUUCCGUCCCAUAAGCUCUCCUCCACAACGCCGUGCCCCUGUGUUGUCCCCGCCCAUCUCCCCUCAAUGCUCAGCCCCGACUUCCAGUCUUCCCAGCCUUCCUGCUUCUAAAACUGUCACCCCCCAGUCCCCAUUACCACAUUCCCCAGACUUGGUCACAGCUGAAGACUCAGGACAGCCUUCUGGUGUACCGUCAUCACCCAGUAUCUCCACUUCCUCUGCCCGGCCUUCAGCGCCAUCAGCAUCACCAGACCUUCUUACUAGCUUGUCUGGGCCUCAUCCUGAUCCUCGCUCCCCCCCAGGCUCUCUGGGUGCCACAGCUCUGGCCGAGGAUCAAAAUGACUCCCCCCCAAUGGCCAUCCACUUGCAGCCAGAAGAGAUACAUACAGCCUACAGAACAAUGACUGACCUAGAAGCAGAAACAGAUUCAGACAUGGCAGCAAAGGCUGUGAUGGACAAUACGCACAUCACACCAAUGACCAAGGAAGAUAUGGAAGGGGAGGCUGGUUCCUUGGAACUAGAGGCAUCCACGGAACUUAAUGAUUUGUUGGAGAAUCCUACCUCUGCUUUGGCAAGUGAUGAGAGUGUCGCUUCAGGCGUCUCUUUACUCACAAACCUGGAAUCGACAGCAGUGAAGAUGCAGGAAGACUCUAACAUGGAAGAGGAAACCAGUCUUAUACAAGAUCCUGUAUACAUUGCAGCCAACAGCACAGAAUCCAGGCUGCGUGUGGAAUAUCUGAUCCCUGAUUUGGACGUCACACCCAGAGAGGCUUCUGAGACUGAAAACACACUAUUAGAGGAACAGAGCUGGACAGAGCUGAUAAAGACUGGAACAGAGAGGGUAGGAGAUGAAGAGAUGAGUCAGUCUGCUACAGUAAUGCAUCUUUCCACCAUAUCUGAGGAGCCAGUCCAUUUUGAGCGAAGGGAGGUAGAAGAGGAGCAUGAGGUUGUCUAUGAUACACAACUGGAACCCAUCAUACCAGAAGAGAUUAUGGGUGCAGAUGAUGCUCAGCUGACCAUGCUGCAGGAAGUCAUGGUCCCACAAGCUAGAGGAAUGACUGAUGAAAAUUGGGGCCAAACAGAAAAUGGGUUAACAGAAGAAGAUAAUGGCACAGACCAAUCCCUCAGUCCUACUGGAAUGGAGAAGAAUUUGCAUGAAAUUUCCCAGGAAUUAGAAAUGAUUUCCUAUGCCAUUAGGCGUGACGGGAGCGAAGACGAUUCCACAGAGGAGAUGAUUGAGUAUGAAAAGUCCUCACCACAUGGACAGCUGUGUGUGCGGGCGCUCUAUGACUAUCAAGCAGAGGAUGAAACAGAGCUUUCUUUGGAGCCUGGUGACGUCAUCAGUGCCGUCGAAACUGUGGACAAGUUCUGGUGGAGGGGAUGCAGCAAAGAUGGCCGCCAGGGGCUCUUCCCCGCCAACUAUGUUGAGACCAUCUAAGGACCGGUCAACAUCUGCAGAGACAGCCAUACAGACAGACACGUAUAAGCACAUUUUCCCAUACAAAUGUGUACAUUCCCUCAGGGACUGGGAAUUUUAUUGCGGUAGCAUUCGUAGCACUGUGGUUGUGCUCCAGUGAUAACAAAAGCACAACAGUAAUUUGUCUAGAGCCCUACAAAAUGUUUGUUUCAGAAAGUAAGCCAGAUGUCUCAUCAACCAAAAUCUACAAGGCUCUCUGAUAAAAGAACAACAUGUUGUAAGGAGAAUUAGGAGAAUAUACCCAGUUUCCUAUUACAUGAGACCUGCAAGGAUGGUUCCAUUUGCAGUAGUGUUGUACUUUCAUUUAUCAUUAUAAAUAAUCAGUAGUUAAUCCCUUGCUUAGUACACUAACACUAUAGUCUGAAGAUCAGGAUUCCAUCACACAAAAAUAAUCAAUGUCGCAAGUUCUCACUACUGGAAAUAUCAUCACCAUGAGGAAUAUGUGAUACUGGGUUAUUGCUGGUUUCCUGUCUUGAAUUGAGCGAAGCUUCUAAAGAAGAACAUGCGAUCUUAACACUUUGCUGUAGUACUGGGUCUAAGAUCUUGGCAGUUGAAUCUACUUGACUUGCAGGGUAUUAAUGUCAUUCAUGGAUAGAAAAUACAUAUUUUGCUUUUGUUAUAAUAAUCUUAACUACUUUAAGGAAUUAAUGCACAUUAGUUUUAGACUGCCAGAAGAUACAUUCCAUUGGCAAGAAAGAUUACUUGUGUUUUAUUUCCGAUGUUCUCUUGUAUGAUGAUUUUUUUGUUCCAUUUACCCUUUGAUGGUUUAUCCUUUUUGGGUUUUUCGUCUUUUUCUUCAUUGCUAGGACUAUUUUUUAUUUUUUUUUUUGUAAUUCUUAAUAUAACUGUUAAUAACUGUUGUGCCUGAAAAUGUAAAUCUAUUUCUCAGAUGUAGAUAAGAAUUUUGCUCAUACAAGAAUCAAACACAUUCCCUUAAAGUAUUAUAUUAAAUUAGGUUAACUUUGCCUAAUGUUACAGUAUAGCACAUUUAGACCCAAAAAUGUAUCACUAUAUAAAAACCCACUGUAUGACAGUGCGCUUAAUCCUUUUGGUUUUUAUUCCGUAUUUGUAUAUGCUCUGUGACUACAGUUCAAAUGGUAUUCAACAGAGAUACUACGUUUAGUAAUCCUAACUUUUCCAGGCACACAAUAUGGUGAAAGGUAUGUGGACACCAGCUUGUCCUUAGGCUGUGUGAUAAAAAAGAACAGCUGUAAGGAGAAUGAGGAGAAAACACCAAGUUUCUUAUUACAUAAGACCUGCAGGGAUGAUUCCAUUUGACGUGAUCUUACUUUUGGCCAUACAGUGUAUAAAUCUAAAUAAAAAAAUAUUAAGGCAAGAUAAGAUCACGUCUAACAGCUUAAUGCAGUAACACGGUUUAUGAUCAAUUAGUGCACUGCAAUAUGCAUUUUUAGCUAAUAUGGUUGUAGAUUUAACAUUAUAUAUUGCUAAUGUAUUGUUGGAUUUCAGCAUUAUGGGUCUCCCAUAUUUUAAUGAAGUAAAUGGAAUGAUUAUGGGUUGCUUUAAAGAUAUAGAUGUUAUAUUCUCAUCAGUGGACUUUGUUACUUGAAUGAGGCACAAAAGUAGCACCAUAUUCUCAUUUUAUUUGCUCAUCGAAUGUCAUACCUCCCAAGACAUUUCGUAGAUGUACCAAUGUACAACAGUAAAAACAAAUUCAGUACAGCUCAUUAUUCAUCAUACUCCUUUUUUGUUUGUAAGUUCCAGUAUAUCAUUUACAAUUUUUGACAAAAAAUGUAAGAAGUAAACCGGUAUCUGCCAGUUUCCUUUGGUCACACUGUGAAUCUCUUUGAUGUGUUGCUGUCACCCUCAGCCCAUGGAGCUGCACAAUUCCCCCAUUCACUUUCAUGCAGCAAGUAAUAUCCAUAAUAUUUCAUAUUUUUUUUGAGAAAAUUUACACUUGAUAUUCUAGCAAAAGUAUGCUGAUAAUACCACCGUCUUGGUUCUCAUCCAAUUUUGAGAUGCUUGCCAGCCAUAGGAAUCCUUGCAGGUUCCUCAGUAAUAAAUACUAGCAUUUAUACACAGCCUUUCCUUCCUUUGCAGGCUACAUUAUUAUACAUAAAUUCCUCAUAUUCUUAUUCUGUGCUGAAAUCGAUUGACUACAAUCUUAUCACUCAAUUUAGUAAGAACUGAGAAGUACCUUGAGUGAUGUAUAAAAAAUAGUUUUGUACUUUUUAGUGAUUACCUUUCAAAGAUGUUUUCUACUACAUUUAUGGAUAUCAGUACUGUACAUCUUGAUAUUGAACAACAUGUAGCUUAAAAUUUGCAGAAAGACAACACUGUAAAAUUUUUUCUAUUCUCCAAACCAUUUACUUCACUGCUCUUACAUAAAAUGUGUUGUUUUCUUGAUCAUGUGUGUUAUACGAACACAAAAUAAACUGUCGUAGAGAUUCAGCGUCUCAGCUAUAAAUGGUUACUAGUACUUUCAUUGAUAACCCACUCUAAAAUCAACUAAUAUUUUGUAGUAUCCAUAUCUGGAUAAUGAGACCAAAUGACAUUUGGGUAAUCAGUGAAAUGAAAUUUUGAGCUUCAAUACAUGUUGACUGAAUGUAUAUUAGUACAUUAAAUUGCAACAUGCUUACAA